AUUUCAGUUUCUCUCUAGAAAUCAUACUUUGAUAGUGUAUUUUAUUUAAAAAAAAAAAAAAAGUUUCAAAUUUUUUUUUUUCAGUUAAUUAAAUAACAAAACAAAAAAACACAAAAAUGAAAAUUCGACAAUUACAAAAACUUUGUGGCGCGAAAAUUGUUUUGACAUUUUUUCUUUUAGUGAUUAAUAUUCUUCAAACUUCAGGACAAAGUGAUGCUUUUGAAGAACAUUUUCAUCUUUCAUCUGAAAAUCAAGAACCAUUCAGAAUAAAUCAUGCUAAAGAGGUAUCUAAAGCCGAAACAAAUAAUGAAUCAGUGCCAUUGGAAUUGCAUGAUUUAACAAAAGAUGAUGAUGAUAUUUUGUUGAAAAAAGAAAUUGUUUCGGAAAAUUCAUCAUCGGAAACAAUAAUUGAUAAUCUCAAUGAAUCGCAUAAAAAUUCGAAUAAUUUUGAAAAUGAAGAAGAAGAAAUUUCAAAUCCUGAAAUUUCUGAACGUAUGAAUGGUGAAACCAAAGGGAAAUACGUGAGAUACGAUUCUGAUGCUCAUGAUGCCGAAAGAUAUUCACCAGAUAAUGAUAUAGGACCCGCCAUCUACGAAUUAACAGAACAAAGAUUACGUACAAUUCGUUCGAAAUUUAUGUAUUGGUACUUUGACAAAGGUGGAGAUAGAGAUAGAGGAGAUUAUCAAACAGAUAUACACAAUUCAAUGCCUCAAAUUCAUAAAAAUUUUAAUUUUCAAUUACCCUUCUUUGGUUUUCGUUUCAAUUAUACAAGGGUAUCAAUGCAUGGUUAUCUUGAAUUCAGCGAUCCACCGGAACAUUAUACAUAUCCUUUGGUCUUUCCAAAUAAGGAUUGGCCAAAAAAGAAUGAUCCUGGUUUUAUUGGAAUAUUUUUCAGUAAAUGUCGAAUUGGUAAAUUAAGACCAACUGACAUUGAUCAACGAAAAUCUGGAGUUUAUUUCAGAAUGGAAAGGGAUCUACAAGCAAGAAAGGAUCAAUUUGGAAAGGAAAUGUAUGAAAGAGUAAAAUGGGAUAUUAGAGAGGGAGUUGUUGGAGCUGAAACAUUUGAUCCAAAACAUUCAGUAAUAAUAACAUGGAAAAAUAUGUCAUUCUCCGGUGGAAUAGAUAAUUCACUUUAUCGAACAAAUACAUUUCAAAUGGUUUUAGCAACCGAUGAAGUAUUUACUUAUGCUAUUUUUAAUUAUUUGGAAUUACAAUGGUCGAGUCACACGGAAGCAGGUGGUGAUACUACUAAUGGAGAAGGAGGAGUACCUGCAUUUAUUGGCUUCAAUGCUGGUAAUGGAACACAAAGUUACGAAUAUAAACCAUAUUCCCAAGCGUCAACAUUGCGUGACUUAAUUGGUAGAGGAUGGGGAAAUGGAUUUCCAGGUCGACAUAUUUUUAGAAUUGAUGAAAAAAUUAUGCUCGGUACUUGUAACAAGGAUAUUGAUGGAGCUAAUUUACCACUUGUCUUUGCGCCAGAAAGUGGAAAUAUGCUUGGUGGAACAGUUAUUAAUAUAACGGGUCCUUGCUUUGAACCAGAUGAUAAAGUUAGAUGUCGUUUCGAUACUGAAGUUGUUGUUGGCACCGUUGUCGAUAGAAAUCGUGCAAUUUGUGUUCAACCAUUUGUUAAAGCUCAGGGAUAUAUUCGUUUUUCAAUUUCUAUUGGUAGUGGAAAAUAUGAUUGGAAGGGACAAUAUUUUGUUGAAACUCCUGCGACUGCAACGGAAAAAAUAUUUUUCUCAACAAAUGCAGUUCAUGAACGUGAUCCUACGGAAAUUAAAAUUACCUGGAGUGCACAGAAUUUAACAACUAAUCUUGAUGCUCGUGUACAAAUAUCUCUUUGGGGAUAUCGUGAAACUUCCAUUACACCCGAAUUACAAUACAUUGACAUUAUACAGGAUAUGGCAGCAAAUAGUGGUAAUUAUAUAAUAAUACCCUCUAAUUAUCGUAGACGAAACAAUUUUAUGCAACAAGACAUGUACUUUGGAUUCCUUCAAAUUAAUCUCACUGAUCCCAGAGAACAUUUUGGAAUAUCAAUUACCCCAGUUUUAUGGAGUAAACCAAUACCUCUAGGAUGGUAUUUUAGUCCUCAGUAUGCAAGCGUACAUGGAAAUAAAUGGCCACAAAAAUUGUGUGACAAAUGGAUAAUGCAUGAUCGUUAUUUAAAAAAUUUUGCUGCUGAAAUAUCACUUUGUCCUUGUACAUUGGAACAGGCAUUGUAUGAUAAAGGACGAUUUAUGCCCGAUUUUGAUUGUGACAAGGAUUCAAAUCCAGAUUGUUUUUACAAUAAAGGUGCAAUACAUUGCGUCAAAACUGGAGUACCAAAUGUUGACGGUUCAGAACAACAAUGCUGUUAUGAUAAAGCACAUUACUUAAUGUUAUCCUAUGAUCAACAAUGGGGAUCAAGACCACAUAGAUCACAUAAUCUUGGUUAUAUACCAUGGAAUGAAGCCAAUAAAGUUCCAACUCUUAGUAAUUGGUUUCAUGAUAUGAUACCAAUGUAUCAUUGUUGUCUAUGGCAGGAAGAACAAGCUGUAGGUUGUGAGACACUUAGAUUUGAAAGGCGUCCAUCUCAGGAUUGUGUUGCUUAUCAAGCACCAGCAGUGGCUGCAGUUUUUGGUGAUCCUCAUAUCACAACAUUUGAUGGUUUAGAAUAUACAUUCAAUGGAAAAGGUGAAUUUGUUUUGGUACGAGUUAAUCAUCAAAAGGAUAAAUUAGAUGUGCAGGGACGUUUUGAACAAUUGCCGAUUAAUUUCUAUGGUGAAGUGAGAGCAACACAACUUACUGCCAUUGUGGCAAAGGGAAAUAAUUCUAUUCCCAUUGAAGUUCGCUUAAGACCAAAGCAUGCACAGUGGCGUUAUCGUUUAGAUGUUUUAGCUGAUGGUCGACGUGUCUAUUUCGAUCGAUCUUCACUUAAAUUUCAACAUUUUCAUGGAGUACUUGUUUACACUCCCACUUAUAGUCUAAAUCAAAGUGAAGUUAUUAUUAUGUUUGACACUGGUGCAGGAGUAGAAGUUAUUGAAAAUGAAGGUUUUAUGAGCGCAAGAGUUUAUCUACCUUGGACUUAUAUGAAUAAAACAAGAGGUUUAAUGGGUAAUUGGAGUUACGAUAUAAGUGAUGAUUUAAGAAAUCCCGAUGGUAGUACGUCGGAGAUUGGUAAUUUAAAUAAUUUUGAAAAUGUACACAAUAAUUUUGCAAUAAAUUGGCUACUUGAAGAUGCAGUAGAUCCAUUAAAAGGUGCUGCUCUAUUUAGCCGUGAAUUUGGUAAAACUGCAAGUCAUUAUGCUAAUCGAACAUUUAAACCCGAAUGGAGACGUAAUCCAGAAGAUUUUUUAAAUUCAUCUAGAAUCGAUGACAUAGAUGAUGCAAAACGUCUUUGUGGAGAUAAUUAUCAGUGUAAAUACGACUAUGGAAUGAGUUUGAAUAGGGAUCUUGCUGAUUUUACCAAAAACUAUUAUAAUAGUUGGAAAAACAUUAGGGAUACAAAUUCUAAACGAGUUACAACUUGUGGAAUUUUGGAAACUCCUAGAUUUGGACGCAAAAGUAAUUUCUUUUUUGUUCCUGGUACAAGGGUUACCUUUGAAUGUAAUCAGGAUUUUGUUUUAAUUGGAGAUCAGCGGCGGACUUGUACGCCUGGAGGAAGAUGGGAUAUUCCAGAGUAUGGAUAUACAGAAUGCUUACGUCAACAAGAAUACAGCUCACGGCAAGCGGGUUUAACUUUUGGUAUCAUUUGUGCAUGCUUGGUACCAAUACUAUUAUUAGUGGUAUGUGUAGCGUACCGCGUUUUUAAAGCUCGUAGAGAUGAACGUGAAGAGGAAGCGGCACAAUCUAGAAAUCGACGUCCAGAAUUAAGAAGUAUGAGGAAAUUUGAUGAAGAUGAAGGAUCUCCUACCUUAGAAAGCAAAACUACUGAAAUAAAUUAAAAAUUUUUGUCGAGGGAGAAGAAUUCUUAUAUUUUUUAAGAUUUAUCUUCAUAUAUAGGUUAUAUAAUUUAAAUUAGAAAUUAAUUAUUAAAUAUUUUGUACAAAUUUAUUAUAUAUUUAACAUUUAUAUUUUAGAAAGUCUAUAUAUAUAAAAACUUUGUAAUUCAUUAUUUCAUUUAUUAAAAAAAUUUUUUUAUUAUUAUUUUCGACAUUUUCAUUAUUUUUUUUAUUGAGUUUAAAUAAUUUUUCAUUGUUACGUUCUUUUUCAUCAAGAUCAUUCUCAUUUCAAAGAAUUAUGUUUCUCUCUUUCUCUCUAAUCUAUAAAAUAUGUACUCUUUAAAUUUAAAUCAAUGAUAUUCCGUUGAUUCAGAUUUAGAGAGUAGGAAAAUUAUAUAUUUAUAAUAUAAUAAUUCUUAAUUAUUAUAUUCGCUGUCUAUAUUAUUUAAUUUAAUCUGUUAUUCUUAUUUUAGAAUUCUCAAUGGUAAUUAUUAAAUGCCGUAACCUCAACCCAUGGGUUGACGUUAGGUACAGGCAUUUGUUUGACCUUAAGUAAUCUUCUUUAAAAUAAUUUCUUAAACUGUUUUAUUUAUUUCAAUUUACUUAUUCGAAUUGAUUUUAUAAAUAAUCAUUUACCCAAUAUCUGCCUAACGUCAAUCCAUUUGGGUUGACAUUAUACGGCAUUUCGUAUUCGCCAGGGCUAUUACCACAAUUAAAACUAAAUAAGAAAAUCGUUUUUUAUUUGACACUCUACUGAAUAUGUAUAUUUUGGAGUAAUUUAAAAAUAUUAAAUAAAAAAUGAAUACCAUGUUUA